UAGCUUUCAGAAUAAGAAAAGGCACCUUAUUAGCACGAUAGGGGGAUGCUUAGACAAGCAAAAAGCAUUCAACAAAACGGAAAAAAUGCUUUCUUAGGAAGGAUUCCCCUUACUGGGGGUGGGACUAUUACACCAACUGAAGCUUAGGAAGGAAUGGAAAGAUAGGAAGCUUGGAGAGCUAAUGGAAAGAAAUGCGUAAGAAAUAACAGAUCUGCGAUAGAAGUCGAAUACGAUGUUGUAACUAGGGGCAAGAUACAGACUUUAGAGCGUCAAGUCAUACACAAACCGGAGUGACUUCACUACCUGAAGAAAGAAAGCUGCUUCGGCAGGGUCGAAGAAGACGUGUAAGACACCGAGGGGCCGGGGCUUCUUUAUUGUAAGGCGUCUAGAAGCCCAAUUUUGGGCUUUUUUGUCCUGUCUUAUGGGCAUGUUCACAAAGGAAAAGGCUCUCCAUGGGCAGCGUCUGCUUCGGCUCAAAGCGAAUAGGCUGGCAGUCUUGAAGCGAAGGAGAAUUCUUUAACUGUUCGGUGUCGGCAUCUUUUCCUACUUCUAACUGUUCUCCUAACCGGGCAAGGUAAUCGGCUAACCGGGAAUUCAUCUUCAGAGCUAAGUCCCAAGGAGGCAGGUUGGAAUGUACGGGCGUAGGUUAGCGUCUCGUCCUACGAAUGAUAGCCUUUGCGCCCACGGGAUGCGCUGUACGGUAGUAGUUUAUGUUAGCUGCUUAUCCGGUGCCUUCUUUACGACUUUCGACCAAGCCAUUAUUGAAGAAACUCUUGUUUAGUCAGGACGUCGUUCCCGUCCCUUGUGGUGCUUUUUCAACCCCUUGCUUUGACUUGGUAAAUUGCAUCUGGAUUCGCUCCAAUUCCAACAGAUACCGCAUUAUCUGCAUCACCAGUUCUAGGCGUAUACUAUGUUCCAGAGCCUUUAGUUUAGUUGCGGAGUUAGAAGCUACUAUAUAUAGAUAGUGCCCGAUUUCUAUAUCCUGCCUGCGAAUCGAAGCUCUUAUCUCUCUAGCUCAUGAAUAAAUCACCCGCCGGAAAGGAAUAGCCGGAAUAGAAUGAAGGAAUGAUUCAAUCUUCCAUCAUUUCAGAGCCGACGCCUCCUUUUCUGCCUUUCUAUCUAUACUUCCCAUCCCAGCAAAUGGAGGAGCAAGUUAUGGAACAAUUGAGCUUAUUGCUGGGCUGGUUAUUCAGAGCCAGCAAUUGGCUGUCGGAUUUCGUCCCGCAACUAGAAGAAGAUCGCUUCGGGGUCACUGUGGUGUGGCUGAAUGUAGAGCAGUCCGCCCUUACAGCCUUUGAUCAGUAAAUUCUUUAGAACUUCGGAAGAUGGUCAAGGUAGCUUGCUUCCAAGCCACUGCACUAGAUGGGCAUGUAGUCGUAGUAGUCGGCCCAGAAUGCCUCUCUUCUUUACUAAAAUACUAUUUCGGAUGAAUGGGGAAUUACGUCGCUCUUUGAUCUGCAGAAUAAGGCUUAGGAGCUCUCUCUUUUAUGGCAGAGAUCUCUCCAUACCAAGAAAGCGAAUCACAAUGGAUCGAAGCCCUCCUUUUCCUUCCAAUUAGUGAGAUUCUCUCUCUUACUUGGGAAAUUGUGGUCAAGCCCUCCCCUUAUUCCUCGGAAUCGAGCGGGCAGCAAGAAUGAGAAUCAACCUAUAUAACAUCUCUUCCCAUGUAGUCGGCAUUCUAGAAGCAAAGCUUCCCGGUCGCCUGCCUCCUUGUGUGGAAAUGCUUUUCAUGAUCUCCAGCUCUUUCCCACCAGCUCGUUCUUUACUAGGCAUCUAGGCGAACCCGCCGGGUUAAUUAACUCAACGUAAAGAAAGCUCAUUAGGU